AUGAGGGAGAUGUUCGACUCCUCAAACCAGGGCGCUUGGGGAGAGCGAAUAAAGAAGGAGAUGGUUGCUCGGGCCACCUGGAAUAUCCGCUAUGGUCACAAGUACCUGAAAGAGGGGUCCAGAACCAGGAAACAGGCCUGGCAGGCACCCUGUGGGUCAGUCUUGAAAGCAGGCCCAGUGCCUGCCACUGGCUUCCCUGUCAGAAAAGAGGUACAGGCGAGAUGGCCAGAGACCAAGGGGGUCCAGGACCAGCUGUUCAAAACAGGAGGUGUCCAGGGAGACAGAGUGAGGCAGCCCAGGGGAUUUCCUCGAUACUCAGCAGCCCAAGGCAGGCCAGAGGACUUGGAAAUGAGGCACCCCACCCCAGCCACCCUGAAGCUGCUCUUCCAAGGCAUCUCCCAUGAUGGCCAGGGCCGGACCCUGUACCUCAAGGAGCGGAAUCGCCUGAUACCAGAGAAGAAGUACAAGUACCCGAUGGUGUCUUCCUGGGAGUAUGGCUGGCAUGUGGGGGAUGUCAUGAAAAACUACAGUACUCCAGCUCAUGCCAGAAGUCAAUCCAUCGCCAAGUCGUUUUACAUCAAAAGUAGCAUUUUCCAUGUUCCGCGGCGGACAGAUGACCUCAUGUGAACUUGGCCUGGGAAAGGCCUCGGUGGCUCCUUUUCCCUAUCUGGACCAGCCAGGUGGGUGAUGCUCCGUGUUCUGCUGAGCCCCACUUCCUUGGCUGAGAGUGACGUGAAGAAGGGACCACAGACGUACACCUCUGGCGUGUACUGCUGGCCUAUAUUGUGGCUCCCGUCUACACACAGAGAACUCCACUCCUUACAAAGCUGCCCCCACCCUGCCAUCACUAGCAAUGCUGCUCCUUUUCCCGGGGAAGACAAUGAGAUGCAAAGUUGCAUCAGCAAGACUGGACAGUGGAGAAAUUGGCUUAGCCCACAAAAUGCUAAGGAAAGCAACGAUCUCCUAGUGUUUAUUUCUCUACAAUGGACUGAUGGGAUCUUUAGGAGAGUUGCUCUGUCCCAGUGUAUCCUACAGUUCGGGGAAGAACUUGCCAUCUUCUCUGGUGGCUUCCCUCGCCCCUGCAUCAGUCAGAGAUGCCCUGCUUCAUGUGCUGCAACAAGCAGCCCCUACGUCCCAACUAUUUAAACAAAUAAAGAUACGUUUCUUUUUCCUUCAUUUUCAAAGACUCAUCGAAGAUGUAUUUGUCCCACCAGAGUCCAGUCUAAUGUGGAGUGAACAGCUUCCUAGGUACUCAUCUAGAGGAGACACUGCCCUCAUCUGGUGGCUCUGGCAAUGACACACAUUAGAAUCAUUUUAGAGUCCUCUGUGUCCAGGGGAAAGGGAAGAAAGAGAGAGAGUGUAAAGACACUGGAAAUAUGUGGGGGUUUUGUUCACUUGAUUUUUCUGAGGUAAGGGUUUAUGUAGAACUCAGGCUGACCUGGAACUCUCGCGUGAACUUCCCACGGCUUCCAGAACCAUGAGUAGCCAAGCCAGCCGGCAUACCCACUCUUAACCCGGGAAGGAAUGAAGAGAAAGAACCUCUAAACAUCUAGCCCAUCUCUUCCACAACCAGUGUGUGCUAUCCUGGAGCCAUGGCCAUAAUAUAAAACUCCCUGUAUCCUCCUGUAGUAGUUUUCCUAGGCUAUGAAAAUCUAGGAGACCUCGAACAACAGAAAUUCACUGUGUUGCCGUUCUCAAGGCUGGAGGUCCAAUAACCAAGGGCUCCACGGAGCCAUGCUCCCUUGGAUCUGGAAGAGGAGCCCCUUCCUGCCUCCUUCAUGCCUCUCAUGCCUUGAGGUCAGGCUUGUCCUCUUCGGCUUGCCACAGUGCUGCUCUAACCUGCCUUCAGUGUCACAUGGGUCAGGGUGACCUGUCCUCACAUCCCCGCUGUAUAAGGAUCUCAGACAUGUUGGACUGGGGCCCACACCACUCUAGAUGAUGUCACCUACUGUUUCUAAAUCAGGUGACAGCAUGAGACACUGUCGGUGAGGACUUCAACAUACUCCUAAUUCAGGGCAUUACCCCUGCCCUCUGAUAGCAAGUCCUUACAGGGUCCAUUAUCGGAGCCAUCUUACUGGGUCUUCCUCUUUUCUCUUGGAAAGCACUCCCAGGCAUAAUCCCAGACAUGGAAAUAGUGAUCCAUGAAAUCCCAUCACAUACUGCCAUCGCAGUUAUCUUGUUGCUUAGGAGACAUCCAUCUGUAGGGAUCCCAAACCCUCUCAUAGCUCUUUGCAAAAACCAAAAUGUUCACGGGUUUUCCUUAACCCAGGGCAUUAUGGAGCUCUCCAUCCUAGUCAAAAGGGGGCAGCCCCUCCGUCUGAACAGAGAGUGAACUGGACAAACGAGUCUCACAGGAGCCACCGCCAGGGGAAUUCUCCAGGCCUUCACUAGUUUGCUCAUUACCCUGAAAUCUCUCAGACAACCAGACCACAUAAAACACUGAGUACAACUAACUUACCUGGUUUUCCCUCAUCAAUCUUGACAACAAUCUUGAGUGAGAGAGAGAGGAAAAGGCAGACAGUGUGACCAAGGACCAUGGUGGGAAUAGGCUGCCUUGGCACUCACACAACAGCCUGACAUGGCAGAGUUGCUGGACAAACACACCUGCUGAAUUUAUUCAAACACCAGUAACUCACUGGGUUCUCUGGGGCCAUUGGAUUGAAAGCGCAAGGCUUUGGCUGGGCUCCUGGAACAGAGGAGGGCAUAUCUUGGAACUCACAGAGUGAGGAGGGCUGUGGUGAGGAAGGUGAAUAGCUUCGGAGCACAGAGAAAGCUCCCUGCAGCAGGUCACUGGCAUUCUGUCACUAAACAACAUCACACUUUUGAUGGAGGAGGGUCAUCUUUCUAUCUGUUGUUUCAUUGGUUAAAUAAAGAAACUGUUUUGGCCCUUUAAUAGGACAUAAAAUUAGGUAGGCGGAGUAAACAGAACAGAAUGCUGGGAGAAGGAAGCUGAGUCAAGGAGUUGCCAUGAUUCUCCCACUCCAGGCAGACUCAGGUUAAGAUCUUUCCUGGUAAGCCAGCUCGCGGGCUACACAGAUUAUUAGAAAUGGGUUAAGAGGCUGAAACUAAUGGGCCAGGCAGUGUUUAAAAGAAUACAGUUUCCAUGUAAUUAUUUCGGGUAAAGCUAGCCGGGUGGUGGGACACAGCCCGCCGCUAUUAUUACAACAAUCCCUAAUUUUUAUGCCUAAAAUCUCCCUAGAAAACUAGCCAAAAAGGACUGAGGGGUGGACACUUAGCUUGGAUAGUAGACUGAUUGCCUGGCUUGCAUAAGGUCCUGGGUUCAACCCUUAGGCCCCCAGCACCACAUACAGGAAGCCUGAUGAAACAGUCCCAUAACCACAGCGCUUGAAUGUGGAAGCAGAAGGAUCAGAAGUCCAAAGUCACCACCUUGUUUGCACAGCAAACCCAAGGCCACCUACAAUACCUGAGACUCUGUACCAAAAUGGAAGAAGAAAGUUGGGGAAGGAGGAGGACUGGAGGAAUGUCUCAGCAGUCAAGAAUGUUUGCUGUGUAAUCGUGUGAACUAGAGUUUAGAUUCCUGCGUUUUUGUAACAUCCUGUAGCCCCAGCAGGGCAGCACUGGGGUUAAGUUCACACAGAGCCUGCCUCAGAGAAACAGAUGAGACGCGAUAGAGGAUGACGCUCUCACCUCUUUUGGCUUUAGGCGUGCAGAUCCAUGCACACGUGUGUGCACACAUUCACACAGAAAUGCACACAGGAAAGGGGAUAGAAGAAGAGAGAUGGGAAAGGCGGGCAGGCGGAUAGGCUGUCUAUGUAUUUAGCAAACACCCAUAUGGAAUUUGCACGCAUUUUUUUUCUAAGCCUGCAUCUCCAAUUUGGUAUUUGUGAGUCACAGGUGUGUCACUGAGCACAUUAAAAUGCCUUAUGCACGCUGAUAUAGUCUCUGAGGAUAAAAGGCACCUGGGUGUGUGUGUCUCUGUGUUUGCUUUUUGAAGAUUGAGUACGGUAGGGAAUAUGAACAAGCCCAUCAAUAAUUCUAAGACUGAUAUGACGGACUGUUUGAGUCAGUUUUCCUGUGAAGGCCUAGAGUGAUUGUUGUCCGGCUGGCAGUCAGCUGGCCCCACCCACACAGAUGUUCAGCUGUACUGCUGUAAGGCAAAUGCGACCAGAGAGCACUCAAAAGCGCUUGGUGUGGCGGUGAGCCUAUAAACCAGCAAAGACCCAAAUAAAUCAGAGUCGGACCAGCUAGAUUUGACCCCCACACACUGACCCUCGGGUUUAAAUUUAUAAAAUAUGUUAGUUUAUUUUUCAAAACUAUGGUCGUUGGAUGAUUUCAAAUUGUCUAUUGGCUCACAGUUUGCUUGCAUUAGCCAAGUCUAUCCUGAACAAUACUGAUAGAACUCGGGGUUGUCAAUGAUGAGGAGUGCGGGCGGGCGCAUGUGCGCGCGUACGAGCAGGGCAAGAUGUAUGA